CGAACACAAGACAUAUUCAUUAUUCAGCACCAGAUACAAAAUCAAAUCAGCUUUUCUCAUUUGUCUUUCUUUCUUCCCACCCACAUUUUUGUAUCAUCAGCUACCUAAUUAAGCACCUUCUUUUUGCACCAAAUCAUCAAGCUACGUACUCGAUUGUUGACGAUCGAUAUAAUGAUGAAGAUGUCCAAGAAAUCUAUUAAUGGUGAUCAUCAUCAUCAUCCUGAUGUGGGUCGUAGAGCAUGGAAGCAGCUGCGUCUGGCAUUGCUUUGGGCAAGAAAAGGCGGUGUCUUCAGACGACGCCUCAUGAUGGAACUGCGGGUCGUCCCCAACUUCCUCAAGAGCCUUACUCAUCAUCAUCAUCAUCGCAAUGAUAAUCAAUAUUACUUCGAGCGUCAGCUGUCCUUCGACAAGACCCCCAUUUUCCCCACCCUCAAAAUGAACCGUCGAACAUCCUCCUCCUCCUUGCGCUUCAUUAAUAUCCCUUGCUUAAACCCACCAUUAGUACUGGAUUUUGAUGAUCAUCAUGAAGUCGACAUGAUCAUUAAUAAUCAUGAUCAAUUAGAUGAUGAUGAUGAUGAUGAGGGAAUGAUAACUGAAGAUAGUACUACUAUUAAUGUGCAUGAAGAAAAGGGAUGUGCAGAUUAUGAGGACGAAUUGGUUGAUAUAAAGGCGGAUGAGUUCAUAGCUAAAUUCUAUCAGCAAAUUAAGCUCCAAAGACAGAUUUCAUACCUACACUACUCCUCUAAUACUACUAUACACUCAGACGCAUGCUUAAUUAAUGUAUAAUACACACACCACACCGUCCAUCCCAAAUCCCAAAUUUCCCUCUUUUCUUUUCCCAUUGUUUCUUGUUUUCAUUGUAUUUUGUAAAAGAGGCAAUAUUAUGGCGG